GUGUACUAAGUUGCGCUGCGGCAGAGAGUCCUACGCACAACCGAGCGGCGGCCGGAGAUGCCUGACGUCUCGGCCUGAGGAGCGGUCAGCGACGCAAUGGAGCGAGCAAGGGAUCGCUUACACCUGAGACGGACUACAGAACAGCACGUGCCAGAGGUGGAAGUCCAAGUCAAACGCAGAAGGACAGCCUCACUGAGCAACCAGGAGUGUCAUUUGUACCCGAGGCGUUCUCAGCAGCAGCCAGUACCUGUGGUGGAUUUCCAGGUGGAACUGAGACAGGCAUUCUUAGCUGAGACACCAAGAGGUGGUUAAAACAAUACUGAAACAUCGAGGUAGCUGAUUCCAAGCCAAACCAGACUGGCAUUGCUCGGGUACCACUUGCUGGAGCUGCUGGAGGCCCUGGAGUUGGUAGGGCAGCUGGCAGAGGAGUACCAGCUGGUGUAC